ACGCAUGAUGAUUCAUGCGUUACAGGGUUUAAGCAAUAGCAACGAUACAUCAUCCUCCUCUGUUUCUUGAGAAGAUUUUUUUUUUGUCCGUUUUUGUUGGGGUCGAUCUCUCCUGAAAAGAUUAAAUAAGUCUUCUUUUCGGCAAUAAAGAACUUAAAAAGAAAGAAUCUUGGAUUCUUGUUUACCUUCUCAGUUCUCACUCACUCUCUCUGUUUACCCUUCUUCACUGCGCUAACUAGUGUGGGGCUCUGGCUUAGAUAAACCAAAAGUUGUUCUUGGAGAGAGAAAUAGAAUCCGAACACACAGAGAGAUUUGUUUUGAGGGGCCUGAUUCGAGACAACCCACGACGAUCUGUGUUGGGAGAGGAGGCUUUUUAACCAAUCAUGCCAUCGGGGUCGAAGAGGAGAAAAGCUGCCAAGAAAAAGAAGGAAAAGGAAGCCCCAAUCAGUGAUUCUUCCUCGACCAACACCAACAACAGCAACACUCACGAAAAUGAUGAAGUGAGGAGCCAUGAUGAGAAAGAUAGCGAUGGCGGAGAGCCCAAUUCCCCUGCAUCUCAUGACCACCAUGGCCCAUUCAGCGGGGGGAUUGAAGAAUUGGGAAAGAGUGAUCCAUUGCCUGUUGCAUCGGCAGAUGUUGAGAACAAGCCAGUGGCUGUACCAGUUGAUUCCGAUGCUGCGCCAAAAAUUGAAGUAGAUGGCAAUGGUGAAGUCGAAACUGUUAAGGAAGUGAAGUUUGAAGAUGAUUCUCCCAUUUCCAUUGAGUGCGUUGAGCCUAUGAAGGAAAAGCAUGAUGAGGGCAACGAGAAAUCCAGCUUCUUUGGGUCUGAUGGUGAGUCUCUGGUCGCUGAGGAGAAGUUUGGAGUGGAAGAGGGAAGUGAAAAUUUGAAAACGAGCCAAUUUGAAGAUUUGGAAAAGCCAGGUGAGUCUUUGCCUCAAGAGUUGACCGAAGUGAUUGAUGGUGCCCCGGAUGAGGAUGUAAAUGUGGCUGAAACAGUGGUGUCUCUGUCUGAGAAGGUUAUUGACUUGACUGAUGCUGCUCCAUCUGAUAAUAAAGCAGAUUUUGAACUCAAUUCUAGGGGUAAAGAGGAUUUGUUACCCUCAAUGGAUGAGGUCCAACAAGUUGCAUCCAGUGGGUUGGAAUUUGCAUCAAACAAUGUUGGGGCUAAAGUGUUUCCUGUGUCAGUUGAAAAUUCUGGAGUUGAAUCUGGUGCCUUAACUUCGGUCUCUAUGGAAAAGGAGGGUGAGUUGUUGCCAUCUUCAGGAGUUUUGGUUGCUCAGACAGAUAACGGUAUGGAGAAGGUGAAGGAUUUGGAGGUUUAUGAAUCGAACAAUGGGUUGGAGUCUGCAUCAAAUAAUGUCGGGGUUAAAGUGUUUCCUGUGUCAGUUGAAAAUUCUGGAGUUGAAUCUGGUGCUGUAACUUCGGUCUCUGUAGAAAAGGAGGGUGAAUUAUUGCCAUCUUCAGGAGUUUUGGUUGCACAGACUAAUAACGGUACGCAGAAGGCCAGGGAUUUUGAGGUUUGUGAAUCGAACAAUGGGUUGGAGUCUGCAUCAAACAAUGUCGGGGCUAUAGUGUUUCCUGUAUCAGUUGAAAAUUCUGGAGUUGAAUCUGGUGCUGUAACUUCUGUCUCAAAAGAAAAGGAGGGCGAAAUGUUGCCAUCUUCAGGAAUUUCGGUUGCUCAGGCUCAUAACGGUACAAAGAAGGCCAAGGAUUUUGAGGUUUGUGAAUCGUCUGAGGACCAGCCAUUGGUGGCACCGGCUCCAAGAAUUGCGGAAAAGAGGUCCUGGAUGAGCUGUUGUGGACUAUUUGAUGUCUUUAUGGGCUCUAGUAGAUGAUUAAAGAGUUACAAUAUUGGUGACCUUUAGGCGAGGGAUGAAGCAUGGGAAAGCUAGGAAUGACUUUGUUUGAAGUUGAAGAGCUUUCAUCUUGAAUACAAUCCGAGGUUUCUCCUCACCCGAUAGACCUGAGUGAAAUUAAAAAAAAAGAAAAAAAAUUGUCUUUUGCUUGAAAUGAUGUCAACUUUGUUAAGUCUUUUUCAGGUCCCCGCUUGCUGUUCAUUUUUUGUUAUUAUGAGUUUUGUAGUUUUUUUUUUCCCUUGAAAAUGUGUGCUGUGUCUCCUCCUUUCUUCCUUUCUGUGGUAUAGGACCAUUACAUAAUAGAGGAUGGUGUGUUUUUAUAUGAGACAAGGUCGAUUAGAAUUUAGAACUUUAUAAUGGGUAUCUUUGAGUUUUGACAUUGGGGGGCAGAGCUUCAGGAAUUUGCACUGUGUGACUUCUCUAGAAAUAACUCGCCUUCCCUUAGCCAAUUAAGGAAAUC